AUGGAAAUUGAUGAUGACAAUGCAGGUUCAACUUCCGCUAAAAAUGAUGAUAACACAACUUCAAUUUCAACAUCCUCUGCUUCUCAUACAUCAAAUAUUUCUUUACUUAAUCAACCAAAUAGUGAUUUGACUUCAAAUACUUCAAAUGAUAUGAUUAUGUUAAGUAAGCUACAAAAUUUGGAACAAAAAAACUCGAAGCUUCUCAAAGAAUUAGAUGAGUCCGAAACUUAUGUAGCAAAGUUAUUUAAGGACAAUCAACGUUUGGAACAAGAAGUCAUCCUUGGAAAAAAUCAAAAUAAAGAUUAUAUUAAAACAAUAAAUGAAUUACGCCAGAAAUUAUCAGAAAGUAAAUAUAAUGAAGCACAACAAACGAUGAAUUUACAAGCAUUACAAAAGAAAUACAAAGAUUUACAACAAAAUUAUAAUGAUAAAGAGCAAGGAUUACAACAAAAAUACAAUAAUGAAUUGCAAGGAUUACAACAAAAUUAUAAUGAUAAAGAGCAAGGAUUACAACAAAAAUACAAUAAUGAAUUGCAAGGAUUACAACAAAAUUAUAAUGAUAAAGAGCAAGGAUUACGACAAAAAUACAAUAAUGAAUUGCAAGGAUUACAACAAAAAUACAAUAAUAAUUUGCAAGGAUUACAAAGAAAAUGCAAAGAUAAAGACGCACAAUUGCAAAGAUUACAACAACAAUACAAUAAUAAAGUGAUUGAGUUACAAGAAUCGCUUAACGAUCAAAUUAAGGCUCUACUAGAAUCAAAUCAAGUAAAAGAUCAUUUUGAAAAAUGUUGUAAUGAAUUAAAACAGCAUUUAGAAGAAAAAGAAACUCGAAUUAAAUCAUUAAAACAAAGGAACGCUGAACUUGAGAACGAAGCAGCAAAAUAUCAAUCCGCUCUUGGAGUUGUAAAAAACUUUAGAAUGAGCGAUGAUGAUAAAAAUCAUAAUGUUCAACUUAACCAAGAUAUUUUAUCAUUACAAGACAAAAUUGAUGAUUAUGUAACAAAUUUAGUAAAAUCCAAAGUUGACGUUAAAAUUGAAAAAAUUACGACGAAUCUUGUACCACGAUACGAAUGUCAAACCAAGAUCGACUUGAAAAAACCCGAUAAGCUAUUUAUUAAGGCUGUAUUGCAACGUUACGUGUUAGACAGAAUUUUGGAGUUUGCUGAAAAUUACUUUGAUAAUUCGAAUGAUAGAUCAAUGGAUUCUCGUUAUCUUGAAUCGGAUAUCGUUAAAAAAACGAAUGAAUUACAUGAAGUAAUGGAAACGCUUGCUAGUACUCGUGACGGAACUGAUGAAGUAACAAGAGUCACCCCUAUAAAAUUACGCCAACUAAUAUAUUCUGCUCUUGGGAUGAGAGGUCUUGGAGAUUUAAUUGAUUCAGGUCAUUCAUUUAUACAUAUAUCUAUCCAAAAGUAUUCGGAACAACUUAAUACCUCAAUGAACAAAUAUCGUGUUGUAAAAGAUCCUAAAAAGAAAGAAUAUAUUGAUGGAUUAGCUAAAACUCUUAUUCGAGAGAUUUUUCGAAUUUUUUACUUUCGAUUAAAAGUUCAAGAACCAGUUGCUCAAUAUUAUUGGUUUAAAUGUGGCGAUAAAGUUAGUAAAAUUUCAAUGAAAUUAAGUUGUGAAGACGAUGAAAUCGAUGAUCUGGUGGUUGAUUUAUGUACUUUUCCAAUUAUCGGGCAAGGUAUAAAUUUGAACAAAAUAAGCCAAAUAUUUACUCCCGCAAAAGUUUUCGCGCGCCAUGUUCCUAAAUCAAGUUUUGCGACUAGAUUCAUGAAUAUGAUUUCCGGAGAUGGGAAACCAAUAUCAUCAGUUAAACCAAAUGAUAGUUCUCCCGAGCAAUCCACAACUCACAUCCGAACGAAAACAAAUUAUUAUGAUUCAGAAGAUGGAAAAUCAAAAUUAUCGAACAACAAUUCAAAUGAUAAUUCCGCCGAGAAAAAGGAACAAACUCCAGAUAUUAGUACUAAAGAAAGUGAAAAAAAAUUAAGUACACAAGAAAAUGCAAAACUUUAUAGCGAACUUGAUACAAACUUAAGUGUUGGAAGUGAUACAAUCGUAAGAGGCAAAGGCGAAACAAUCGUAAAAAGCGGAAGGGAUACAAAAGAAAGGGACGAAAAUGAUACAAACGAAAGAGAUGAAAGUCGUACAAACGAAAGAGGUGUAAGUCGUACAAACGAAAAAGAUGGAAAUGAUAUAAACGAAAGAAGUGGAAAUUGUACAAGUGAAAGAGAUGAAAGUGAUAAAAUAGGUGGAAAUUAUACAAACGAAAAAAGUGAAAAUGAAACGAACGAAAAAUAUGAAAGUGGCAAAAACGAUAAUGAUAAAAAAGAUGAAAGUGGUACAAGUGAAAGAUGCGAAAAUCUUACACAAGGAGGUGGUGGAAAUCAUACGAGUGAAAUGGACAGAAAUUAUAUACAAGGAAGAGAUGAAAAUAAUACGAGUAAUAGGGACGGAAAGUAUACACAAGGAGGAGAUGGAAAUCAUAUGAGUGAAAGGGACGGGAAUUAUACACAAAGAAGAGAUACACAAGGAGGUGGUGGAAAUAAUACGAAUGAAAUGGACAAAAAUUAUACACAAAGAGAUGGAAAUCAUACGAUUGAAAGGGACGGGAAUUAUACACAAAGAGAUACACAAGGAGGUGGUGGAAAUAAUACGAAUGAAAUGGACAAAAAUUAUACACAAAGAGAUGGAAAUCAUACGAGUGAAAGGGACGGAAAUUAUACACAAGGAAGUGGAAGUCAUGCAUUCGAAAUGGAUGGUUAUACACAAGGAAGUGGAAGUCAUACAUUCGAAAGGGACGGAAAUUAUACACAACGAAGAGAUGGAAAUCAUACGAGUGAAAGGGACGGAAAUUUUACACAAGUGAGUGGAAGUCAUGCAUUCGAAAGGGAUGGUUAUACACAAGGAAGUGGAAGUCAUACAUUCGAAAGGGACGGAAAUUAUACACAACGAAGAGAUGGAAAUCAUACGAGUGAAAGGGACGGAAAUUUUACACAAGUGAGUGGAAGUCAUGCAUUCGAAAGGGAUGGUUAUACACAAGGAAGUGGAAGUCAUACAUUCGAAAGGGACGGAAAUUAUUUUGCACAAGGAAACCAUACGAGUGAUAGGGUCGGAAAUGUUACACAAAGUGGAAGUCAUACAUUCGAAAGGGACGGAAAUUAUACACAAAGAAGUGUAAGUCAUACAUUCGAAAGAGACGGAAAUUUUUAUAUACAAGGAAGUAGUGGAAAUGCUACAAGCGAAAGAAGCAGUACAUACAAAAGAGGUGGAAUUGAUACAAACGAUAUAGACGGAAACGGUUCAAAAAAACGGCAUUUAUUUUAG